AACAAACAGCGCACAAGAAAGGUGAUUUACUCUUUCCCAACCUUGGAACACUUCAGUUCUGCCCUCAAGGGCAGACUGCUGGACUCUCAGGCCUUUGCUUUCUAGGAGUCAACCAGCGUCUCUCACAGCAUCCUUUGGUUUUACUCUGAGAGUUAGACGGUCAGUUUCCCCGGUUCUGAAGACUCGGACUUGGACUGAGCCUCCCUAUCGGCUCGACAGGGACUUCAGUUACAGACAGCCCGUUGGGAGACUUCUCAGCCUCUGCGAUUAUACUGAAAACCAGAGGCUCCCCCGGAAUCCCCGAGGCCUUCCAGGACAGCCGGGACUGCUGAGGUGCAGGGGUUCUAAGCCUCUCCAGUGUGGAGACAGUCAUCACAGACAGUCAGUGCGUGCUGUGACAUUCCCUCAAAAUGUGGUUCUACCUGGUGACCCUUGUGGUCCUUUACCAACUUCUGCGUUGGUACCGUGAGAGGCAGGUCGUGAGCCAUCUCCAAGACAAGCAUGUCUUCAUCACUGGCUGUGACUCGGGCUUUGGGAACCUGCUGGCCAGACAGCUGGACAUGAGAGGCAUGAGGGUGCUGGCUGCAUGUCUGACUGAGAAGGGAGCCGAGGAGUUGAGAAGGAAGACAUCAAACAGGCUGGAGACAGUGAUCCUCGAUGUCACCAAGACAGAGAGUAUUGUGGCAGCCACUCAGUGGGUGAAGGAGCGUGUUGGGAACAAAGGACUCUGGGGUUUGGUUAAUAACGCAGGCGUUUUCCCACCAUUUGCUUACAUGGAGUGGCUGAAACCCGAGGACUACAUGGAUGUCUUUCAAGUGAACCUGUUUGGUUUGAUCCAGGUGACUUUGAACAUGCUUCCCCUGGUGAAGAAGGCUCGGGGCAGGAUCGUCAAUGUCUCCAGUGCUUUGGGAAGGAUUGCUUUUUGUGCAGGAUUCUACAGUUGCUCCAAGUAUGGAGUCGAAGCGUUUUCAGAUGUACUGAGGUGUGAGAUUCAAGAUUUUGGGGUGAAAGUCAGCAUAAUUGAACCUGGGAGCUUCAGAACUAGAAUGACCGAUGCAGACUUAAUCAUUGAGAGAAGCAGGAAAGUCUGGGAAGCAGCCCCCGAGCACGUCAAGGAAGCCUAUGGACAGCAGUUUUUUGACAAUUUUUGCAGCAACGCCAAACGAAACUUCAAGAUGUGCAGCGCUGACCUGAGCCCGGUCACCGACUGCAUGGAGCACGCGCUGACCUCCAGGCACCCGCGCACCCGAUACCCCGCGGGCUGGGACGCCCAGUUUAUCUUCAUCCCUCUCGCUUACUUGCCUACGCCAAUGAAAGACUACAUAUUCAGAGCUAGGUGCAAGCCAGCUCAAGCCGUCUGAAGGUUCCCGGGUCGGUGGCUCUUGGAGUGAAGAAAUCAUUUGUGUCUCUGUGAUCGUUAGUUCGGACCCAAGCUAUCCAUGCUAACAAGCUUUCUUGCCUGAACCGUUUACCCGGCCAUUUCUUUUCUUUUCCUCUCCACCCCCACAGACAACGGGUCUCACUCUACAACCCUGGCUGGCCUGGAACUCCUAGAGAUCUGCCUGUCUCACUCUUAGUCAAGAUGUUCACAUUACAAAUACACCAGAUUUACUACUAUUUUAAUCAUUUUCUUGAGAAUAUCACCAUAGUGCGCCAUCCUUUCUCAUCCAAUUAAACAGAGCCGUGUAAGAACA